ACAUGAGAGUGGUUACGUGUCUGUUGGACAUUCUUGGUUCUAAGGAGGAGGAGAGGGGUGGUGGUUAAGCAAUGGUGGUAAUGUUUCGUUGUGCACUUCGAAGAAUUGAGCCGCGCCUUUUGGGGCAAUGUUCCAUAGACUAGUAUAACAGUUCAAUUACCCUACCUACCUUAAUUGCACAAAACACUGACAAAAGACGUCACUUUGACAGCAGUGCUGCCAGUGCUGCGAGCCUCGAAAGCCUCUCCCAUGUCUUGCAAACCACUCUAUGUCGAUUUCUUACCCAAAACGGUUUGGAUUUUCUUGGAACGGCCCAACAUGCUCCCAGAAUCUGUGGGGCUGGGGGUUUGUCGGUUAAACAAGACGGUUUAAUUUACGUAAUAUUUAUUCUAUCAUAAAGUGGCGUAACUUAUUGAGUUUCGUUACGAUUUCUGCCCGGGAACCAUGUACGCGAUUUAGUGAAAAGAUUUGUUUGGAAAUUUUGUAUGGGUUCAGAUUGGAAAAUCAACAGAAAGUGUGCCGACUUAGUUUGUUAAGGUGGUGUAUUCGUUAUAUUUUGACAACUAGUGAAUAGACUUUAUUUAUAUCGGUAUAACAUAUUUUAAUUCAUCAAUCUUGAACUUUCCAUGAACUUUUGACAUUGAAAUCACUUUCAAAUUAUAUUUUAUUAAUAAUACAUGGCGUUUUUUUAAUCUAAUAGCAACUGUUGUAUUACGUUAUUUAUUACCAUGCCAUAGUUUCGUAGUUUAUGGACACUCCCUACAAACGUCAUUCAUUCACGCGCGCUUUCUCUUUCUUUCUCACUUUUCAUUCAUUCUGUAUCCGAGUGCCGAGCAGUACAGUCGUGUCAAUAAACGUUAGUUUGUUAAGUUAAUCAAACUUGUUUUAAUUGACUACCAAAUAAAACAUGGUGUCAGAAGCACUCGUGGACUAAAGGUGAUUUCCGGCGUCAUUUGAAAUCGCGGAAAGUGUUCGGCGAGGAAAAGUUCGAUCGAGCGACGAAGAAAAUCAUCAGCGGAAGUGAUCGCGAAGCAGUUGCGCAGUGAAGAGCGAACUUGUUUGAUCCUGUCCAGCGCCAUAUUUUUCUUUAACGUCGUGUCGAGGCGAAGUGUUUUCCCACAAAAUGGAUUCAAAGCAGUUUGCCGAGUUUAUGGGAAAGUUCCAGGAGAUGAUGGGAUCGUUGAAGAAGGCGCCGGCUGCGCCUGUAGAAAGACCGGCGGCAGUGGCAUCGGUUCCUCUUCCGCCUCCGCUGGAACUGGAUGGAGACAUGGAGAGAAACUUCGAUUUUUUCGAAGAAAGUUGGAAGUAUUACGCCAGUGCAGUUGGGAUGGACAAGUGGCCAGAGGCUCAAAACGAGCAGAAAACCAGCAUCCUGCUGUCGGUGGUUGGAACGGAGGCUUUAAAGAAGUAUUUCAACUUCGAACUGACCGCCGUGGAGAAGAAGGACCCGAAGCUGGCAUUGGCGGCGAUCAAGCGGAAAGUUGUACGUGAGCGGAACAAGUUCAUCGAUUGGUUUGAUUUCUUCUCGCUGUCUCAGGGGAUGGAGGAAAGAAUCGAUGACUACUUGUGUCGAUUGAAGUCACAAGCGAAGGUGUGUAAGUUUGGAGUCCUGGAAGAAGAUUUGCUGAAGUACAAGCUCGUUACGUCGAUCAAAUGGUCGAAGCUGCGCACGAAGCUGUUGACGAUGCAGAAUCUGACGGAGGCACAAGCAGUUGAUUUUUGCCGCGCGGAGGAAAUUGCCGAGCAGCACCCGAUUUCCGAGCAACGAAAUGCAAGCGUGAACAAAGUGAAGAAGCAUGCAAAAAAGUGCAAGUUUUGUGGCGAAAUGCAUGACUUCACGAAAGGCAGUUGUCCAGCGUUCGGCAAGCGGUGCUAUCGUUGUGGCGGAAAGAACCAUUUCGAAGCAGUGUGCAAGGCAGAGCGUCGGAAGAAGCUAAAGCGGAAGUCUCGUGUGCAGAAAGUGCUUGUGGAUAGCAGUACCGACGGUGACUUGACGGAGACGGAGUCGACGAGCAGCGAAAGUGCAACAAUCGGAAAAGUUUCCGAUGGAAGUGGUGGGCAUGUUGAAGCUAAUCUAGACAUGUGCAUCGCUGGAAAGUGGCAGUCAGUUCAGUGCGAAUUGGAUACAGGGGCAAACGCCAGCCUCGUGGGACACAGUUGGUUACAGCGGAUGACAGGGAAAGCCCACAGUGAUCUUCAACCGUCGAAGUACCGCCUUCAUGGCUUUGGUGGCGGCGAAAUUCCUGUGAUCGGUCAGACGACUAUCCAUUGUCGACAAUACGGCCGUAAGUACAACCUGGUCCUACAAGUGGUCGAUGUUGAGCAAGGUCCGUUGCUAUCUGCGCACGUGUGUCGCUUUUUGGGCUUCUUAGAGUUCGGCAAAAUGACUCGCGUCAACAUGCCGGUUUCUACCAAGCGCAGCAUCUGCCGCAUUGAGGCUCAGUGUGCAGGUUGCGUUGCCGGGCAAGAUCGUCAACCUAGGGGUCGGACAGAUCGGUCAAUACAUUAUCAACGCAUUAAAAUAAUUGGUCAGCAUAUCGACAUUUCGUCAAUAUAUUAACGAAAUCCCACCAUGCCUUUAAAAACCUUGGUGAGUUGAAAUGUCAGUUGAAAUCAAAUCAAAACAAAACAAAUUUCACCGGUUACGACGUCGUUCCAGAAAACCGAACGAAACCCGUGGAAUCGGUGGCCGGGGAAGGUGGUGACGAUGCAGAGAAAGUCAAGUCAAGGUGUGUUUCCUCUUCCUCCGCCGCAAGAGUGCAGUUUGGAAAAUGAGAUGGUUCUUGGAAACGUAGGAUAGUUGCUUAAACAAUGGCCGUGUGGUGUCUGAUCGGUUGCAGAUCGAACCGUCCCGUUCCAUUAGAUCGUGGUCAAUCGCGAUCCCGCAGCCAUUAGCCAUUUGCAGGAGUUCUCGUUCCGAGUCCGGGUCUGCACCGACUCCGGCCAAGAUACGUCCUCUUGCGAAUGUGUUUUGACAAACACGAAAAAACAGUCCUUGUUUUGGGAGACAGAUUUUCUAACGAGAAACCAUUUUUGAAGACGCGCAAUAAAGUGUUGUUUACGUUUCUUCCCCGGCAGAUAGUUCUAUCAAAAUCGACGGCUUUGAUUCCAAAUGGCCAGAUCAUCUUGGUGUUGAAAAUGCACCCGACUGGCGAGAUCGAGUUCAACAACAAAACGAUAGCAUCCUCCUGCUUGCCGACUUGAUCGAGACCCGAAGCAAAAUACGAGCAGAGAAGAGAACCUCCCAAACUUCGUCAAUCUCCUCCAGCUGAAGCUGAAACGACCAAGAAUCGCUUCCCCAGCGAUAGUCUCGAGCCAGCAACUUGGACGAGAAGCAAAUUCUUUGACGAUAAGUGCACCGAUUGGCGCUGUUCGACGACGACGACGACGAAAGUCUGGAAACGUUUGAAAUCCGCUUCAAAUCCCCCGCCAUGGAAAGUGACGACCCCAAAUUGGUUCCAAAUCGAGGAACAUAGUGUGGUGAACCAGAUCAACCAACUGCCGGACGCGGAUCGCAACGAACGAAUGUUUGUCAUAUUUGGCGAGGUGAUGGACGUGUUAGAGCGGAGGCUAGUUGGACGUGCAGAUUUCGGACCGGUCAGAUCGAAAACUGGUGGUGAGAUUCCACACGGACGAGAUUGCCGAGAUGGUGAGGCACCAUUGGGACGCGAUGUAGACGAUGAAACGGGACAGGAUCGAGGAAAGGUUAAAGUUGUUGAGAAGGUUAGUAAGCUCGCAGUUUAAACAUAACAAAAUCCAAUCGAUUUGCUUCCUCAGAUUUUGAUCCGGUUUAUCCAGUACGAUCGCAGCGGAGACAUUCCGAACAUGAGGGAACUGCACGAGUCCACCGCCCCACGGUGAAAAAUCACAGAUCACAGGAGGCGAGUACAUCAGGAUUCUUCGAUAACCUCAUCCAAGGCAAGACGGCGCAGACCAAGGCGCAGACGAAUCCCGUGGGGCCCGCGGGAAUGUUCGGCCUUCGACGUGUGAGACUCGACGACGACGACGACGACUUUGGUCUGGCACUAUCCGGUGGUGGCGGAAGUUCUUAACCCAACUCGAGCCUUUCCAGCGCAAAGGUGGAGGUGCUAAAUCCAUUUCAUCUCAGUUGUUGAACUUUUUCAACCAGACCUACAAACGGUUCACGGGAUACAAGCCGACGAAGUUCUCAAACUCUUUGUGUUAAAUCUUUUCAUAAUUUUUCAAUUUUCAAUUUUUUGUAAAUAUAGUAUUGUUUUCGCUUUUUAUUCAUAAACCACCGAAAAAGGGAGAGGAGGGGUACGUUUCGUCCUGUAGCAUGCCCUAGACACCCUGGCAAGAACGCUAACAAAGCCAUAAUCUCGCCAUAGCCAUAACCUCGUUAGCCGUAGGUACGCCGGAAGUCGUCAUGGAUGAACUUCCCGGGUAAUCCUCUUCUUCUUGAUGGUUGACUUGGGAGAGAUGAGCUUCCACAGAUUGUGAGCAAUCUUUACGUGUGUGUAGUGCUGUGCGACCGGCGUGCUGGAGACGGUUCCGCGGAAUCCACAGCAAGAGUCCAGGGAUGCUGAAAAAACUUAAACACAUUAUGGUCCAAGGGCAGAUGGAGGCCAAUACAACCAAUUCUGAAAGAAGUUGUUGGUUUCGUUGCUGAGCUUCCGUGCCGUUAACAUCUUCGGGCACCACACAACUCAAACAAAAUGAUUGUGGAGUGUGGACCGUUCCGGAUGCUUUCACCAAAUCCUCGUCCACUUCAUUUGAUUCUGUUUUUUUUCUCGUCGGACGGCUCAGGCAGAAGGGUCAUACGAAGGUGUCGUAGAUUCCGCAUAUCCGUGUCCCAGUGUCCAUGUCAAACUCUGUUUUGCGCAAACUUUUUUGAAAAUGAAAUGCACGACUCAGACAAGUCCAUGUUAUUGUUUAUAAGAUGUCAAAUUGAACCGAGAUUAAUAAUACUCGGUGGGAACGCUAGCUCAACUAUUCGUUGAUCUAUUGACGAAAAUAUCAAAACCGCCGUCAAUAGAUUGACGAAUAAUAAAACCAUCGACUCUGUCCAACCCCUAGUCGUCAACCAACAAGAACGCGCCACGUGAGAUACCGCUGUGAUUGUACGACAGGCGGCCCGCGGCAGACGCAGACGGAUGAUCCAGUCCGCGCACGGCGAAGCACGAAUGGUGCUAGCUGUGGUCUUGGCCGCUACACGAAGUUUUCGAGACUUGGUGAGUCCGGAUCCACGUAAUGAACCCAACACGCCCAAGGUAACCCACCAAAUCUCGAUACCAGUCAUCAAGCUUUAUGCCUCUAGCAGUCACACAUCAUCCGAACAAGCUCCAGUGGUCUUCAGAAACGUCCAGCAUUUUGUGGUUUAGUUUUAGUUCUUUAUUUUUAGUUACACAUUAACCUCAUUCUCAAGCACAGUUCUAUUUAGUUUUCUUUUUGAUAAAACAGGGAAGAUGUUGUAUUACGUUAUUUAUUACCAUGCCAUAGUUUCGUAGUUUAUGGACACUCCCUACAAACGUCAUUCAUUCACGCGCGCUUUCUCUUUCUUUCUCACUUUUCAUUCAUUCUGUAUCCGAGUGCCGAGCAGUACAGUCGUGUCAAUAAACGUUAGUUUGUUAAGUUAAUCAAACUUGUUUUAAUUGACUACCAAAUAAAACAGCAACUUUUAGUCUUCGUUACCUCAAAAUGCUUCAAGCAUAAUGGCUGAUCGGAAAAUUUCUAAAAUAUGGUAUUAUGAAGUGUGUUUUUCAACUCCAAUUCAAAUUCAGAAAAUGUUUUUAUAUAAUACGUGACUUGCAGUUCAAGCUUGAGUUUUCAUAGUUGAAAACCUACUAGGUAGUUUUACCUUGAGCAAAAAAAAACUAACUUAAUCCACCUAUGUGGUUGGAGCCUUCCUCACUCACUGUACACAAAUUUCAUAUAUUUUUUAGAUCCGGAAUAAAAAAGUACAUAAAUAUCACUUAAGUGGCCAUUUCUCGAGACAGGGUUGCCAAGAGUUGCGUUCGUGAAGUUGAACGGUGCGGGUCGCGGUCAUCACGCCAGAAUUUCGUUGCCGUUUCCGUCUUUGUUGUCCCCCCGAUUGCGUUUGUUUUUCUAUCCGGGCGGUUUCGCGGAGUUUGACAGUUGCGUUCUUGAAGUUGAACGGUGCGGGUCGCGGUCAUCACGCCAGAAUUUCGUUGCCGUUUCCGUCUUUGUUGUCCCCCCGAUUGCGUUUGUUUUUCUAUCCGGGCGGUUUCGCGGAGUUUGACAGUUGCGUUCGUGAAGUUGAACGGUGCGGGUCGCGGUCAUCACGCCAGAAUUUCGUUGCCGUUUCCGUCUUUGUUGUCCCCCCGAUUGCGUUUGUUUUUCUAUCCGGGCGGUUUUGCGUUUUCGCUUUUUCGAAUAUUAUUUGGUUUUAUCUUUCCACAGCCGGCUGUCUAAGAUUGAAUCAUUUAAUCUAAAUCAACACCAAAUAACCGGGAACAGUCUCAUCCGCAUCAUCCGACUGUUUGCCUUAAGAAUUCAUAAUCCAUCACACUAUUAAACAAAAUUUAUUGAUUAUUGGGUCGCAUCAUCAUCCUCUAUGCUGAAUCCUGGCCAUUACCUUUACCCACUAACAAAAUCCCAAGUAGAAGUAGUUUUUCCGGCACACGUGGGGGUGUGGAUAUCGUAUAGAACCCACCCUUGGUAGCAACCUGUGCUAACUAACAUUCCCGUCCAAAUCCCCCGAGAUCUACAAACUGACAUGGCGGGCGCCGUUGGUGGCCAACGACUGUUACCUAUUUGCUCCAGAUCUAGUUUUGAUGAUCUUGAUGUUUUAUCUUUUCAGCGCAUUCAUACAUGCUGUUGAUAAGGGAAACACCAUUAGAUCAUUGAAGCGUAUGACCGGUUGUAUUGAUAGAAUAUUACGGUCCUGUUCAGCAACGGAGAAGGACAACCAUGGGUGGUCUCUCAUGCUCAUGCUCAUGCUCAUUUCUCGAGACAGGGUUGCCAGAUCUUCACUGUUUUGGACUCGUUGGAAAGGUCUUUUGAUAACCUAACCAACGAUGAGUCGGAUGAUGCACCCGGACAUAGUUUACAUACAUUUAAGUGAGAUCCGGAUAUAUUUAAAAACACAUUUUUAUACAUAACUUUUGAACUACUUAUCGGAACUUCAAUCUGUAUAAAACUCGAUCUAUGGGACCCUAAACCAAGUCGAAUGCAACGGGUUCGGGUCAAAUCGGUUCAGCCAGUGCCGAGAAACAUGAGCUAGUUUGUUGGUCACAUACAUACAUACACACACACAUACACACACAUACACACAUACAUUUGUUCAGUUUUCGAUUCUGAGUCGAUAUGAAUACAUGAAGGUGGGUCUACGACGUUUUUAUACAAAGUUCGUUUUUAAAGCGGGAUUAUAGCCUUACCUCAGUGAAGAAGGCAAAAUGAUGUUUUUAAGCCAGCAGUAAAACUAUGGGAGUCUCAAAAAUGUGAAAAUAAGCAAAAAAUCAAAACAAGGACUGGAAACAUAUGAAAAACACAAUACAAUUUAUAAGAAAAACUACAAAUACAAGAAGAAAUAAUAAAACACGAGAAGUAAGGGAGCGUUCAUUUAUUACGUAACGCAAAAAAAAAUGGAUUUUCGGACCCUCUCCCCCUCCCUCGUAACAAAAUUUCCAUACUAAUGAACGGCCCGAGCGGUUUAGGCUUUCAGGAUUUUUGUGAUAUUUACUUGUAGAGUCAAAACAGAUCAGUAAACUUCACUUAUUUGUAUAUUACACUUUUUAAAGAUUACAUUUUUUUGCGGUAACACUCUCAACUUUUACGCGCACGAUCACAUCACUUUGCAUUAAGAUCUUCGUCGAGCCAGUUCUCUACGUUGAAGCCAGACUUGUCCUCCAGACCUCUGCGCCGAGCCAUGCCAGACCCGAACUCUUCACAGCGGCUAAGUCCCGGCGGACUCUUCACAGCGGCUAAGUCCCGGCGGACUCUUCACAGCGGUUAAGUCCCGGCGGACUGCGGCCUCCACCGCUAAGUCCGGCUGGACUGGGGCCUCUGCUACUGGUGGCUGCUGGCGGGUCCGGCUGGUCUGGGGCUUCUUCAGGAUAUGGAACUGGACUGGGCUUGAACUGGCUGGAACUGACUGGAACUAACUCGAACUAAUUGCCCUCCUCAAGAAUUUUGGGGUUUUUAUAGUCAGUCCCCGAAAACUCUACUAAAUUUUGUUCUACUAAAAGUGGUCCGUUUCGAUGAGAAGCAUCGAUGAACCUCAUGAAUUAAAUUAUGCAGACCUCUGCAAUUCUUCAUGACUUUCCGUAUGGUGUAGUGAGUACACCUCAAAAUCGGAAUCAUGGGUUCGAACCAUUGUCGUGAAACAUUAAAUUAUGUUAUUGGAAUAUCAAAAUUAUGUUCCUAAAACAUUCUCAAAAAUGUUGGUCAAUAAUGAGAAGGUCGAAUUCUCCAUUGAACGAACAUGCCAAUGAAUUUGGUUAAGCCACACCCUCAAUUUCCCCUGUGGAAAAACAUCGCACAUUCAUAAUUGAAAGCUUAACCAUUUUUUUGAUUGCCUAACAAUUGGCGAAAUUUAAUAAAGGGCUUUUCAGGUGAGGAUGACUCAUGAUCCACACCUGUACAUAAGCUUAAUUAUUUGUCGCGCAACGCGAGUCGACGGGUAAAAUUAUUUAUGCUUGCGUAUGCGCGCAUGGUCAGAACUGUGGUGAGGUUCGAAAAAUGGACAAAUUUAAUGAUUUAAAUUUGAGGUCGCUGCAUUCCCCCACACUUACCAGCUAGAUGUUUGUAUUCUUGAAAAGCAUUAAAAACAUCUACCGAAAGUUAUUUGUAGGUUGAAAUAUGAUACCCAAAGUUAAUAAUUUAAAUUGUGAAAAAAAUUACUUUGCAAAAAAUCAUAAAAAAACUUAAAAUGGCUGGCUAUAAAAAAAUAAUUUAAAAAAAUUGGUUCGGUUCAUCUCCCCCACACUUAUCAGCUAGAUGAUCGUCUGAAAGAAUUGAUCAUCUAUGGAAAGAAUAUUGUCGGGUGUAUUGAUCGUGCGGUUUACAAUUUGUUUUUCUUGUGAUUUCUUGUAAAUUGUUUUAUAAUUAUAAUUGCUCUUUUGAUUUUUCUACUGUAAAAUUAUUUUCAUUACUCUUUUGAUCUUCUGUCCUGUUAAGUUACUUUAAUUGCUGUUUUGAACUUCUCUUGUAAAAAUAUUUUCGUUGAAGCUGAUUUAAAUAAACUUGCAUUUGAAAUUAAUUUUCAUUAUCCCUCCUAAAAAAAAUUGUAUUUUUCCCACUGUAAGCAAAAUUUGUUGUUGUUGUUGUAGAACGUUUUGAUCGGCUGGUUGUUAUCGUUGUCGUCUUCCAUAAAAAUCGUCUCUAUCAUGAGGCUAUUCAUUCCACAGUGACUUGGUCAAUUGAUCAGUUUUCGAGGCUAAGGUGUUGAAUUUCGUCGAUUAGUGCAAUUGUCGUUUCCAUCAUGAAUUAUGCUUCAUAACUCAACUGUGAGUUGACUGUGGUCAAUUUUGAAAGUGCAUUGACUUCUCACUUGCUGAGUAUUGUGAAUUGUUCGUAAAUCCAGUAUUUUUUUGUCCAAAAUUGACUUUUCCAGUUGCUUUGUAUCUUUGACAAUCUCAAAUUAUUGACAUCGGUUGAUGUAAUUCUUUUUUCAAAUGUUUAGGAAAUGUUGUUUGUCCAAAAUUGUCUUUUCGUUUAAUUUGCAACUUUGGCUUUUGUAAAUUAAUGACAUCGGAUGAUGUUAUCAUUUGUUUAUCAUGAUCUUCUCCUUUUCCAUAGUUUCAGACGUGCAGUAUGAUCUCAACUUGCAUUUUUGUUCCAUAAUUGAUGUUUCAAUCAUCUUUACUUCGCUUAAUUCCACAUUUCGAUUUAGUAAUUUGUUUUACGUGAAUGUCUCGUUACAAAAAAUGCGAUUUAAUUCGACUUGAUCCUCAUUGAUAUGACCUUUUACAACAACAUCAACACCGUUACCUGUCCAACCUCCCGCAUGACUUUGCCACUCACCAUCUUGCCAUCACAAACUUCUGCAUACGAACGCGUAGAACUUCUCAGCAUACGAACGCGUCGAUCAUCCUUGUGUCUCUGCCAUACUUCAGUUUUUUAGUUUUGUUUCUCCCACACAAAUUUCUUACUUGUUUUCUUCGCAUGAAUACUAUUUUAUAGUUUUCAGGAAUCUAUCAUUUAAUUUAUGUGCAAAAUUGAAAUUAAAAUUUACUUACAAUUUUAUAAAUCUUGUUGAUAUUUUUAUAUGAAAUCAGUUCUAUUAUUUUUAAUACAAAAAGAAAUCAGUUCUAAUUGACUAUUAUUUUUAUACUUGAAUAAAAAAAAAUUACUCUAUAAAGUUUUUCAUUGAUCUAUACAUCCUAUCAUCUUGUCAUUGCAAUACUGCGUAUGUUAAAAUAUCCAUUCUGUUCUUCCAACUUUUUAUGAAAUCUGUACAUCACUUUGUGUUUUCAAAUUUGUCAAACCCAUUAAAUUAAUUUGUUUAUUUUAGCAAUUUGCAAUAAAUGCUGAAUUUGCAAGAUAAUUAGUUGGUUCAAUUAUCAUUCUAAUGAUAACGAUCUGAUUUUUUUCCUCUGAAUUUUAUCAGUUUAAAGGUGUUUUUCCCUUGAAGCAUUAUUUUAUCCCUUGAUUUUCCCUUGAAGCGUUAUUUAUCCAUUCCCUUUAAUUUUCAUUUGACUAUCCCCGUAAAGUGCAAAUGUUUUGAAAUGUUUUUAACAUAUUGAAUCCCCCCAUGGAUUACAACUGUUUGAAGCUUUAUUCGACAUAAAACUCUCCCCAUAGAGUACAAUUGUCUACUUUUUAAUCCCUUUGGCGUUGCUUUAUCAGUUUAUGUAUCCCUAGAUCGGAACUUAUACCGUUCUUUCCGAUCUUUUUAGAUUCCCCACGAUGUACUCACAAAUUUUACCCUUUCUUGAGCUGUAGUCCAUAUUCGUCUUUGCAAGCGUCCUUGCUGAUAUUGUUGUCUUCUUGAUUGUUUUCCAAUGGUUUCCUGUAAAUCCUUCGUAUAAGCGUAUGACAUUCUGAAAAUAUAUUCUUAAUAUUUUGUUAAGUAAAUUAUAAAACACAUGUUUACAUUCAACAUUCAUUCUGGGGUGCACCUCCCUUGUCCAAUUAUUCUCACACACAUUCUUACUUGCAUACAUGUUGUUUUGAAACAUUUAAUAAUCACACCAUCUUCAUUUGCCUGUCGUUCAAAUUUCAUUAUUGUUCAGUCCGUUUGAUUUGUUUUUAUUUGUAGUUAAAAAUUGCGUCAUUGUUUUUCUAAUACCCUGUUAACCCAUUUUAGCUCAAUUAAGUAUAUUCCCAAAAUUGCAACCCAACAGCUUCUUAAUUGUUUUAACGUGUUUCAUCACUGCUUCAUUAUUAUGUUUAUAUCUGAUCAUAAUCGCUUCACGUGUCAAAAAAAAAAAUUAUGUAUAAACUCAGUACUGGUAUUUUUCUUAAUCUGUUUCUUGUUGAAAUCCCAUCAAUUUUAUCAUUUGUAAAACAUCUUUCAUCACAAUUCAUAACAUUCUUGUUUGCGCAUUUCUUUUUUUUUUUAAAUGAUCAUUCAUAUUUUGUUUAACUCAACAUUCAUUUAUCAUAUCAAAUCAAUCAUAUAUUCUUUUUUCAUGUUUAUUUUUCUAUAUAAAAAAUCGGUAUUUAUGACACAUUUGUUUGAUUCAUUUAGUUCUCUUGAUAACAAUCGUUUUUUUCUAAUUCAUCAAUCAUAUCAGUUCAAUAAGUUUAUUAUUAUUAUUAUUUUUUUUUUAAUGUACAUAAAUAAUCCCGUGUGUUAAAAUAAAUAUUUUCAUUCAUUGCAGUCUUUAGAUAUUGAUCGUUUAUGAUACUAUGUCAUUCAUUGCAUAACUCGCUUAUUUUUUUUACUUUAUUUUAAUGGUACUGUAAUUGUCAAAAAUAUUUGUCUUGUAUUGGAGCAUUUAAUUUUAAAUUAUGUUAAUUGUAUAUUGUUAAAAAUAUGUUAAAUGUAUUUUAAUACGGGUACAUUCUGAACUAUCAUUUAGUGAUAUGUUAAUCAUUAUAUUUUCUUAGUCUAUUAUUAUGUACAUCUUCAAAUUUGUUUCCAUUUUUAAUAGUGGUCGUUUGAUCGCUGUUGAAUUUAACGAUAUCAUAAGGGCCUCGCCACUUAUUUUGUAACUUUUGACCAAUUCCUGUUUGUACCAUUUGUACCAAAACUCUAUCUCCCCACAUUGGUACCCAAUCAUUUGUCUUUUUGUCAUAAAUUUCCUUUCUCUUUUCUUUUGACAAUAUUAAGUUGUUUCUAGCAGUUUCAUGAGCCUCCUUGAAUAUAUCUUUCAUUGAACAAAUAAAGUCGUCAUAAUUUAAAUCUGAAUCAUUGAUUUUAUAAAUUGUGCUUGGUAUAGUAGCUUUUCUUCCAUACAAAAGUUCAUAGGGAGAAUAUCCAGUUGAUGAAUUUUCUGUAGUAUUGUAUUCAAACAUAAAAUAUGGUAUCAAUUCAUCCCAACAUUGUGGAUCUUUGCCAAUAAAAUUUCGUAAAUAAAUUUUUAACUCUCUAUUUGAUCUCUCAACUAAAUUAGCUUGAGGAUGAUAUGCACUUGUAACGAUCUUUUUAAUGUGUAAUAUUUUGCAUGUAUGUUGCAAUAAUUUGCUUACAAAGUUUGUACCUCGAUCGGUUACAACUUCUUUAGGAACACCAAAUUUACAAACAAAGUUUUCGACAAAAGUUCUAGCAACAGUAGUACUUUCUUGGUUUUCCAUGGGAGCUACAAUCAAAAAUCUUGUUAAAUCAUCUUGUAUCACAAGUCCACAAUUGUUUCCAUUAUUAGAAAUUGGUAACAUAACCACAUCCAUAUAAACUUUAUCAAAGGGUUCAUACGAUGUUGUCGUAAUUUUCAUUGGCAUCUUAUUUGCUGGUCAUAUUUUAUUCUUUUGACAAGAAUCACAUUGCUUUACAUAAUUCAAAACAUCUCUUCGCAUAUUUUCCCAUGUAAAUAGAGGACUCAUUCUUUUAAUCAUUCGUUUACCUCCGACAUGACCACCCAACGGUGCGUCGUGAAAAUCUUUGAGCACUUGAUCUCUGUCUUCUGGCUUUACAUAAAUUCGUUCAUUUUCUGUUGCAUAUAGUGUAAAUGACUUUGAAAGUUUCAUUGCAAAAAAUCGUAAUAAGUUUAGUUCCAACUCUGUUUUAAAUAUUCUAUGAGAAAUAAUUUGUAUAACUGAUGCAUCUUUAGCAAAAUCAGGAUAAUCUUUAAAGCUUUUAAAUAAACCAUCGAAAAUUUCUUCAUUCUUAACUGCUGAACGAUAUGUUCCAUUCAAAAUUAAACCCCAAAUUUUCUUUUGCGGGAAUACAAAUAUAUUUUCAUUGGUGUAAUUUUUAAUACCAUGUGGAAGGUCAAUGUAUUUACUCAAUUCUUUGUGUACCGUAACACUGUUUAAUAUCAUAAAUGUAGCUUCGGCUUGUUCAAAUGGUAUAAUAUUUUUAGAAAAUUUUAAAACGUUAAAAUCGAUAUCUGUAUCUUGGAAAUCCUUGUAGGUAAAUAUUUUAUCGUUGCUAUCGUGGUCAUUAUCUAAAUUUAUGUCAAUAUGUUGAAGUCCAUUCAUAUUAUUAUUCCAAUUAGUGUUGUUUCUAGAUAAAUUCUUUCUGUUUGAAGUAUUUGUUGUGUUUUGAUUAUCUGAAAUAUUUUGUCUAUUUUGUUUUGCUUGUUGACGAGUUGUAAUUGCUACUAAUUUUGAUGCUUGUUUAUCAUCUGCAUGAUCUUCAUCAUUUUUCAAACGUGAGAGAAAAUCUGCAACCACAUUUUCCUUUCCUUGCUUGUAACGAAUUUCACAUCCAAUGCCUUGGAUUUUCAAACGAAGCUUUGUCAACGUUGGUGAAGUUUCCUUCAAAUGCCAUAGAGCUACCAACGGUCUAUGAUCUGUGUAAACGAUAAAAUCUUGGUUAUAAAUAAAAUGUUUGAAGUGGUCUACUGCCCAAACAAUAGCUAGUAGUUCCUUCUCGAUAGUAAAAUAAUUUCUUUCAGCCCCGAUAAGCGCACGACUUGCGUAAGCGAUGGGGUGAUCAUUUGACUUCUCAUUAGUAAGAACUGCUCCGAUAGCAUAAUCGCUAGCAUCAGUUGUCAAAACAAAUUUGUCAUUGUAGUUCGGUCUAACUAAAACUGGUUCUGAAAUUAAAUAGUUUUUUAAUUCUUCAAAAGCAUUUUCACAUUCUUCUGUCCAAAUAAAUUUCACAUUUUUCUUUAAUAAUGCAUUAAGUGGCUUACGUUUAUCUGCAAUGUUUGGAAUAAAUUUUCCAUAAAAAUUAACA